GAAUUCAACUAAUCAACCCUUCUUCCAUCGAACCCUUAUAAAAAGCAUAAAUCUUUCUUUCUCGAAUCAAAAUGUACAUUGUAAGUAUUUGUACAGUGAAAAACCCUUUAAAUUCCUCCCUCGGACAAUUUUAAUAUACAAAUUGCGCUAUCUUUGGAGGGUUUUACGGAGGAUUUGAGUCUGAUUUGGAGUAGCAGGUGCUCAUAUGCAGGAUUUGGAGGUGAGUGCCCGGUAGCAAUGGCGAUCGGUGAAGUUUUGGAAAUUUUGCAGCGGAAGGAUGGAUUGGCGGAUCUGCGACAGCGGCUUCAUGAGGGGGCUGUACAUGAGGGUUUAAAGCACCUGGCUCUCGUUCUGGCGGAGGGCUCCCAUGGGACGGCGGGCUUAAGCAGCUGGAGUAGUUCGCAGAUUCAGGGGGCGGUGUCUGUUACGCAGGCCGUUGUUGCCGCCUGUUGCUCCUUGCGCGAUGAUGAUGAGAAGUCGUUGGUGGCAAGAAUAUUUGAGCUGGCUGUUGAAUUUUGCCUCUGCUAUUUGAAGAAUAACGCAUUGAUUUGGCCAGCUCCAGAUGAGCAGGCAUCUCUAUUAGUGCUUCUUGAAAUGACAGUUAUUGAUGGGAGAGCAAGAGAGGUGGCAACAACUUUGAGGCCUCUGCAGAAUUUGCAGGAGUUCUUGACUCUGGCUUAUUCCGACUCCUCAUCAGAGAGAUUGAGCAAAACCAUAGAGUAUAUGCCGCAAGGUUGUAUGCUCCCAAAGCAAGGCAAGUCAAUGGGGAAGGUUAUGGCUAUCUUAACCAAUGAAAGUCCUUUGUUUGAUGGUGAACAGCCAAUUGAUCUCCAGGAAUCUAGCUUUUGGAAGGUCAACAGUAACAUGAUAUCUGUUUCACAACAUCAUGCAGUAAUCCAUCUUGGGAGCAUGGUGCACAUGGUGGUUCUUUGUAGGGAUUUGAUGCACUCUCUUCAGUUGGUUGAGGAAAAUUCGGAAGAGAAAGUUCUAUCUAGAAUAAUGUUGAUCACAAAGCUUUUGAAGGUUCUUCUUUCCCUAGCAAAGGCAACACCAUUCACUGUAUCAAGUAAUCAGUUGCUAGUAAAUAUUAGUGAAAUGGCUGACCUUUUGCCUGGAGUGUUUAAGCUGAGGUUUGAGGCUAGCAAUUGUGAUCUUAUGAAUGCAGAGAACAAUUUAGACCAUCUACUUCCUCUUAUGUUGGAAACGUUCUUCCAGUUUGUUCAUAGUGUAGUUUUAGAUGAUAACAUUUUUGAAAAUAUCCGAACGUUUAUAAUUGCUGCUCUACUAGACACCUUGGAUGGAGGAAUGUGGAGGCUGGACAGACCGAACACAGUUCAACAGCUUCCUUUGGUUUACAAGCCUCAGGUUUUUAUCAAGAUUUUGAGAUUUAUUCGUGAUGUCAGAUUGCAAAGCCAUAGAAAUAUUUAUUGGAAGGAAACAAAUCACGGAGAUCAAUCAGGAGACAAAGAGAGGGCUGAUAUAAUAUCUGUUGCAUUGUGUUGUCACCUUCGUUCAGAGAUUUUCUCCUUGAUUGGAGAGCGUAGCAAGGAAGAACAGAUAAAUGUAAUAUUUUCUUCAGCAGGUCCCUGGCUAGACAAUCUAGUAUCUCUUGCAAGUUUUCUGCAUUUUCAAGGAGUAAAACCAAGGCCAAAGGGUGAUAAAUCAUGGUCAUCAUGUAGCAAGGAUGGUGCAGCAGUAAAUGAUGCAGAGUCUGUAAGUGGUCAUGAAGAUGAUGCCCUUUUUGGAGAUCUUUUUUCUGAGGCUAGUAAGCAAGUUGUUUGUGAUGGACAUGAGCAGCCUUGCUCUACAAAUGAAACACUUUCUGACUGCAGCAACAUGCCUUUGCAUGGAGCUACUGAAGUCCUUAGAUUUCUUAAAGAGUGCAUUUUUUCACAAGAGUGGCAUUCGUCUGUUUUUGAAAAAGCCCGUCACCAACUUACCAAAGAACAUGUCAGUGUUCUUUUAUCAUUGCUACAGUCUCAAGCUGCUUCUUCUGAUGGAAGGAUGGAAGGGAGUGACCCAUCAGAGAUUUCCUUUCAAAGACACCUUGUUGGUCAUUUUUACAAAGCAUGCUUUGAUCUCUUACAUGAACUUGUCACGAGGCAUUCUUUAUCCAAUGAACUUGAAGAACACCUAGUAGAUCAAGUUCUGAAAGUAGAGGAUGGAAGGUAUGCUUAUACUGAUGAUGCUCUUGCUCUGUUAGCUCACAUUCUUAUUAUCAGGGCAUCUAAAAGGUCCAAUUUGGGUGAGGAUCCGCUAAGAUUGAAAAUCUGUAAGGGUUAUGUUGAUUUUAUUGUGGAGAAAGUAAACAUUUUAUACACAAGGUGCCUGAAUGUACGAGAAGUCUCUGCAAGCUUGCCAUAUCUAUUUCACUUGGAAAUUCUACUCAUGGUAUAUCAUUCAUCAAGUGCAUGUGAAAAAACCAAGAUGGCAGAGAUUACAUUUUUGGCUUUAAGCAAUGUGAGUAGUCCUCCAGCAGAAUUUAACAACACACAAUUGGCUUGUUGGUCUUUGCUAGUUUCUCGACUAAUGCUGGUCAUUCGGCACAUGAUUCGUUAUUUCACUACCUUUCCAUCCUGGCUGAUGUUGCACAUGAGGAAUAAGUUGAGGCAGGGUUCACAGGGAGAAGAUCUCCAUUUAUUCAAAGGUGUGGGACAUCUUGAAUCAUGGGUGUACCAUGUAGUACAAAAUGUUAUAAAUUUGAAUGAGGGGAUCUCAGGAGAGCAAGGGAUGGAUGAUCUCUCUUUUCAGCUUAUUGAUGUCAGUGGGUUUUGUAAUUCAAGUAUCAUAGAAUACAAUGUCCUUCAAGAUUUGGGUUUGGAUUGGACGGGUCUGUAUUCUGUGAUUUCAUGCAUUUUGGAAGCUUGGCAGGGUAAGACACCUUCCCAAGUGGAAGAGCUUAUACUAGAAAGGUACUGUUUUAUUCUUGGCUGGAGCACUUUAUCUGAUGUUGGAUUUAAGGAUGCCAGUGUUCUACCAUGGAAAGCUGAACCUGAGGGCAAGUUGCUUGGAACUGAAUGCUUCAUACAUUUUAGCAGAGUUUUGCGCCAUAACAUUAAUUUGGCCCAUUGCGGGGAGCUAUCACAGCUAACAAGUGUCCUUUUGGAAGUACUUUCUAAACAGCAAACAUUGCAUAAACAGUGCAAUUUGAAUGAGAAGGGUUGGGUAUUUUUAAGGCAUGGAGCAUGGCUAUCUCUAGUCAUAUCAUUACUCGAAGCAGGCUUGUGGAAAGUGUCCCAAGGAAAGCGUGAUGUUUCAAGAGACGAUAUGCCUUGGAUAGAACAGACAUAUAAGGAUACCGCGUUUCUCACGCUAUGCGAGCAGUUGAUUUCUCAUAUACUGGAGGAAGGGCAAACAAGCUUGCUGCUGAAUAUUUUAACAUCCUUUUUAAGCAUGUACGUUGGGGCACUACAAAAUGCUGCACUUGUUGUUCUUGAUGGUAAACAGUGUGAAAAUGAUACACUAUUUUCCUUAAAUUUACUCCUCAAAACAGGAUUGGACAAGUCAAAGGAGGAAGCGAUCCUGGAGAAGCUUGGAGCUAGGUUUGAACUGAUAAAAUCUAUAUAUGCAACAGUUUCGAGCUUGGGAAGACUUGUGAAUCAAGAAAAUACAGGGAAUUUGAAUAAAGUUUUUCUGAGUUCUUUAUUACAUGGUUUCCCAUCACAUGGUCAUCCAGGGAGUGCAGUGUUAGUGUCAGCUAUCCUUUCAGUGGAAGGUAUUUUGGAUACAAUUGAGGAAUUUCUCAGGACAAGGGAUGAAUUAGGAGAGGCUGGCAUGGAGGCUGAAGUUUUAAAUUCUCUCAUUGAGAUAACAAUGACCAUGAAGUUUGACAGACGGUUUGAGGGUAUACAUGAUAAAUGUGAGGUGCUCUUAAAUUAUUUGAUUCCCAAAAAUGAAGAGAGGCACAUUUAUACUGAUCUUUUUCUAAUCAAGCAUAUGGAAGGUCUGGUAAAUGAAAUGAACUCCAAGGAGAUAAACUUGGCUGUACGAGAGAAUCUGAUCACAAAUGCAGUUGAUACAGUGGAAUGUCUUAGGGUGGAUCCAAGUAAACUUGAUGUGCUUAAAUAUUAUCUGGGUCAUGCUGGGGAAUCAGAUACGUUGAGCCAGUUGAAGUUAAGAAAUUUUCUGGGAGAACAUGGUAACCUUUUGGCUCUUGUUGAUUCUUUGGAUGGAUGCCAUAGUGAGUCGGUAAAUGUAAAGGUGCUGCAGCUGUUUGUUAAUUUUUUAACAGAUGAUCCUAGUUAUUUCAACAUAAAGCAGGAUUUGCAGCAAAAGUUUUUAUUGAUGGAUUUGCCUACUUUGGCUGAAUGGUUGGAGAAGAGGUUGUUAGGAUAUACCAUUAUAUCACCAUCAGGUAUUGCAUCGACACAUGGAAUUGCCAAUUCAGUAAGGGAUUCAGCAAUUGCUUUCAUAAAUGCUCUUGUGUUACCAUCGUCUCAUUUAAAAUCUAGAGAGCUUCUUGAUCAUUUUCUUGAUGCAAUGCUUAUCAGUCUCGAGAAAGCAUUUGUGUCAUUUGAUAUUCCAAGUGCAAAAGCCUACUUCAAUUUUGUAGUUCAGCUGGCCAAUGGUGAGCCUGCCAUAAAGCAGGUUGUCAAGGGUGCAAUUAAUAUGAUGGUCAAGCUAUCUGCUUGUGAAAUCCAACUUGAAGGAUUGAAGUUUAUAUUUGGCUUCCUGAUAUCUGUAUUGGCUGCAUUUGGUGCUAACAAACAUGUUUUGGAAAAGUUAACAGAAAAACCAUGGUCAAAUACCAGUUGUAGCAGUGGAUCUGCUAUCUGUAAGUUGAAGUCAAAUGUUACUAAAAAGAACACAGAUGCACUAGUUAAUCCAAUUAAUCAGGGAGCUCAAUCUGCUGCAAUGGAGUGUGAUGCCACGUCAGCAGAUGAAGAUGAAGAUGAUGGUACAUCAGAUGGUGAACUGGCUAGUAUGGACAAAGAAGAUGAUGAUGAUAGUAAUAGUGAACGAUCACUUGCUUCAAAGGUUUGCACGUUCACAUCUAGUGGGAGCAAUUUUAUGGAGCAACAUUGGUACUUCUGCUACACAUGUGACUUGACUGUUUCCAAGGGAUGCUGUUCUAUUUGUGCCAGGGUAUGCCAUCGGGGCCACAGGGUUGUAUAUUCACGUUUAAGUCGAUUCUUCUGUGAUUGUGGAGCAGGAGGAGUGAGGGGUACAAGCUGCCUCUGUCUGAAGCCUCGAAAAUUUGUUUCCUCUAGUACUGUGUCAUCCAGAGGGGCUAGUAGUGUUGAACCAUUCUUGCCUCUUCCAGAGGACAGGGAUCAUCUACAACCAUCUGACAGUGACACUGAUUUUGAUGAUGAUGGCUUCAUGGACAACGAGAAAGCAUUUAAGCUAUCCAUUCCUAAAGAGGAAGAAGAAAGGGUGCUUUCACUUUUUACAGAUCUGGAUAUUGAAGACCAUGUUUUGUCAUUAUGUAAACAGCUUCUUCCUUGUCUCAGUGUGGGGUGUGAUUCAGUAUUGCCAAAUGAUCAGAGGAUAGUUUUGGGUGAGGACAAGGUGCUCUCUUACAAUCUGGAUCUUCUGCAACUAAAGAAGGCAUAUAAAAGUGGUUCCUUUGAGAUGAAGAUAAAAGCAGAGUAUUCUAAUGCAAGGGAACUUAAAUCCCAUCUUUCUAGUGGCUCUCUUGUUAAAUCUUUGCUCACUAUUAGCAGUAGAGGCAGGCUUGCAGCAGGAGAAGGGGAUAAGGUUACAAUCUUUGAUGUGGGACAACUAAUUGGAGAGCCAACUGUUGUACCUGUGACAGUAGAUAAAACUAAUGUUAAGCAUCUCUCCAAGAAUGCUGUUCGCUUUGAAUUAGUUCAUCUUGUAUUCAACCCUGCUACUGAAAAUUAUUUGGCUGUCGCUGGAUACGAAGAAUGUCAAGUUCUUACCAUCAAUCCUCGUGGGGAAGUAACAGACCGUCUUGCAAUUGAGCUUGCUUUGCAAGGUGCGUACAUUAGGCGAGUGGCCUGGAUUCCUGGUUCUCAGGUUCAACUCAUGGUUGUCACUAAUAAGUUUGUUAAGGUCUAUGAUCUGUCCCAGGAUAACAUCAGUCCUAUGCAUUAUUUUACAUUAUUGGAAGAAUCGAUUGUAGAUGCAGAAUUGGUGCCUAUCUCACAAGGCCGAUUGGUGCUUCUUGUCCUUUCACAACAUGGACUGUUGUACAGACAGCUAAUAGAAGUAGGAGGCUGUACUGGAGCCCAGGUUUUGGUGGAUACUAUCCAGCUUCAGGAUAGAGAUGUUCAGUCAAAGGGGAUAUCGCUAUAUUUUUCAUCAGCCUAUAGAUUGAUUUUCAUUUCUUAUCAAGAUGGAUCAACCUUGAUUGGACGAUUGAAUCCCGAAGCCAUGGCAAUAAUGGAAGUAUCAACUGUGCUAGAGGAUGAUCAAGAUGGUAAGUUGAAGCCUGCUGGCAUACAUCACUGGAAAGAAUUGCUUAAUGGCAGUGGUUAUUUUGUCUGCCUCUCUACAUUGAAGUCAAAUGCUCCUCUUGCUGUCUCUAUUGGACCCACAGAGCUUUGUGCACAACAGUUGCGACUAUCUGGAAAUUCAUCUUCCUCUUGGGUUGGUGUUGCAGCAUACAGGCCUCUGUCCAAAGACAAAAGUAGUGUUCUUGUUCUGCAUGAUGAUGGUAGUUUGCAGAUAUUCUCGUUUGGAGAUAUUGGGACAUGGGGAUCAGAAACACAUUCUUCCGUUAUAAGUCCUGAGCAGGUAAAGAAACUAGGAUCUGGAAUCCUUAACAAUAGGGCGAAUGCUGGGGUCAACCCAGAGUUUCCACUGGAUUUCUUUGAAAAGACGACCUGCAUUACUGCUGAUAUAAAGCUUGGGGGUGACGGAAUCCGAAACAGUGAUUCAGAAGGUGCCAAGCUUAAUCUAGCCUCAGAUGAUGGUUUUUUAGAGGGCCCCAGCUCAUCUGGAUUUAAGGUAACUGUGUACAAUUCAAAUCCAGACAUUGUAAUGGUAGGUUGUCGUGUUCAAGUUGGUAAUACAUCAGCAAGUCACAUUCCUCGUGAGCUUGGUAUCUUUCAAAGGGCUGUUAAAUUGGAGGAGGGAAUGCGAUGCUGGUAUGACAUGCCGUUUACCAAUGCAGAAGCACUUUUGGCUGAUGAGGAAUUUACAUUGACAAUUGGCCCAACAUUUAAUGGCUCCUCUCUUCCCAGAAUAGACUCCUUAGAAAUUUAUGGCCGAGCUAAGGAUGAUUUUGGUUGGAAGGAGAAGGUUGAUGCAGUUUUGGAUAUAGACACUCAAACAUUGAGUGGAACAUCUGGAUCAAUAGCAGGAAGAAAACAUAGAAGCAUGCAAACUGCUUCUAUUCAGGAACAGGUAGUUGCAGAUGGCCUUAAGCUCUUGUCUGGGUACUACUCUUUAUACAGGCUACUAUCAGUUAUUUCUGAGGAAUCUGGGCUGGAAUCAAGUAAAAGAAAUUCUCAAUCAUUAUUAGAGGUGAUAUUCCAAACAGAUAGGCAACAAAUACUGCAGUCAGCUGGUCGUCAAGUUCUGCAAGCUUUGUAUCCUGUGAAAGAGACAUACUAUCAGGUAAAAGAUAUGAUGCGCCUCUCUGGAGUUGUGCGAACUUGUCCAGUCCUUACUUCUAAAAUAGGAAUAGGUGGUGCAACAACUGCAUGGGUAAUCCAAGAAUUUGCUGCUCAGAUGCAAGCAGUUUGCAAGAUCGCGUUGCACCGGCGGCCUAACUUAGCUGCAUUUUUAGACAGUAAUGGCUCUGCAGUUGUUGAUGGUUUGAUGGAAAUUUUGUGGAGAAUUCUUGAAUUAGAGCAGCCAGAUACACAAACAAUUAACAAUAUUGUCAUACCUGCUGUUGACCUUAUCUAUAGCUAUGCUGAAUGCCUUGCACUGCAUGGCAAUGAUAGUGCAGCAACAGGCUCUACUGUUGCACCUGCUGUUGCAUUAUUAAAAAGGCUUCUAUUUGCUCCUUAUGAGGCGGUUCAGACAUCCUGCAGUUUGGCCAUGUCUUCCAGGUUGCUUCAGGUUCCCUUCCCAAAGCAGACAAUGUUGGCAACGGAUGAUGUGACAGAGAAUAACAGAUCUUUGCCAGCUCCUUCAGACACGAGUGGUGCCACAGGAGGCAGUGUCCAUGGGAUGAUCGAAGAAGAUACCAAUACAUCAUCAGUUCAAUAUUGCUGUGAUGGUUGCUCAACUGUUCCCAUUCUCAGGCGACGUUGGCAUUGUAAUGUUUGCCCAGAUUUUGAUCUAUGUGAAGCUUGCUAUGAGGUGAUGGAUUCAGACAGGCUUCCACAGCCUCACAUGAGAGAUCAUCCAAUGUCAGCAAUUCCAAUCGAAGUAGAUUCAGUUGCAGCAGAUGGGAGUGAGAUCCAGUUUUCCAUGGACGAAAUGAGUGAGGAAAGUUUAUUGCAAGUGGCCACUGAAAUCAGUUUACACAAUUCACCCCCAUUGGAUCCCCCAAUGGAAACAAAUGGAAGCAGAGAUUUCCUUGUUACUGCAAAUGAUACAAAAGUAGUUGCUCUUUCAGCUGCAAAACGUGCAGUAAAUUCUUUGCUUCUUAGUGAGUUAAUGGAAGAGAUAAAGGGAUGGAUGAAGUCAACUCCAGGUUCACGUGCUAUUCCACUCAUGCAACUUUUCUAUCGAUUGGCUUCUGCUGUAGGUGGCCCUUUCAUGGAAAAUUUAACCCCUGAAAGUUUGGAUUUGGAAAAAUUUGUGAAAAUGAUGUUGGAUGAACUGAAUUUGAGUACUCACUUUGUGGCCAAGAUACGAUCAUCCUUUGGAGAGGUACUCAUCCUUAUUUUCAUGUUCUUUACACUAAUGCUCAGAAACUGGCAUCAACCAGGCAGUGAUCAAUCAUUGUCCAAAACUGGGGCUGGCACAGACACCCAAGAUUCUGCUAUUGCUCAGGGAACACCACCAUCUUCAGGAUUGGGUUCUCCAUCUUCUAAUGACGAUCCUGAAAAAAGCGAGUUUGUAUCCCAGUUAGAACGGGCAUGCACUGUUUUAAGACAACAACAUUUUAUUAAUUAUCUUAUGGAUAUUCUGCAACAGCUGGUGCAUGUUUUCAAGACACCUAGAAAUCUGGAAUCAGGGCCAACAGUAACUUCUGGUGCAGCCUGUGGGGCCCUAUUAACAAUAAGGCGAGAAUUUCCAGCUGGCAACUUUGUUCCCUAUUUCUCAGAUUCUUAUGCCAAAGCACAUCGGAAUGAUCUGUUUGUGGAUUUCCACAGGCUUCUGUUAGAAAAUACUUUUCGCUUAGUUUACAAUCUGAUUCGACCGGAAAAACCAGAUAGACCAACUGAAAGAUCAGAGUUUGCAUACAAGGGAUCUGUCAAUAGAGAUCUCAAAUUAGAUGGGUGGCAAGAAGUACUAUGCAGCUAUAUCAGUAACCCACACACAGCAUUUGUGAGAAGAUAUGCACGGAGGUUAUUUUUGCAUUUGUGUGGAAGCAGAAGUCAUUAUUACAAUGUGAGGGAUUCAUGGCAGAUAAGUAGAGAAUUCAAGAGAAUAUACAAGCUUGUAAAUAAAUCUGGAGGUUUCCAGACCUCUGUUCCAUAUGAGAGAAGUGUGAAACUAGUAAAAUGCUUAUCUGCUGUUAAUGAAGUAGCCUCAGCUAGACCUCGUAACUGGCAAAGGUAUUGUUCUAGGCAUAUUGAUGUCCUGCAAUUUUUGUUGAGUGGAGUAUUCUUCUUUGGGGAAGAGUCUGUUCUUCAAACCCUGAAAUUGCUUACUUUAUCAUUUUACACGGGGAAGGAACUAGGGCAGUCCCAUCAAAAGCUAGAAGUCUCAGAAGCAAUUACAACUUCCAAUAAAUCUGUUUCUCAAGCUUCUGAUGGAAAGAAGAAAAAGAAGGGUGAUGAGGGAACUGAUACUGGUAUUGAAAAAUCCUCCUUAGACAUGGAGCAAGCAGUGGAGCAAUUUUCAGCUGAUGAUGGUAAGGUAUUGAGGCGAUUUAUUGACUCAUUUUUGUUAGAGUGGAAUUCAACAUCCAUCCGGGUGGAAGCUAAGUCUGUCCUCCUUGGGACCUGGCACCAUGGGAAGCAAUCAUUUCGAGGACUUUUGCUAACAUCAUUGUUAGAGAAAGUGUCUGUUCUGCCUUCAUAUGGACAGAAUAUUGUUGAAUAUACUGAGCUUCUGACUUGGCUUUUGGGUAAGCGGACUCAGGAGCACAGUGGCAACUCUCAGGAGGCAGAGUUGGUGCAGGCAUCGACGACUGGAGGUGUAGUCAAGAGCAUAUUUGAUACACUACGAUCACAAAAUGAGCUAUUGGCAAAUCAUCCCAAUUGUCGAAUUUACAACACACUUAGCAGUUUGGUAGAGUUUGAUGGCUAUUAUCUUGAAAGUGAACCAUGUGUGACUUGUAGUUGCCCAGAAGUGCCUUAUUCAAGAAUGAAAUUGGAUAGUCUAAAGUCUGAAACAAAGUUCACUGACAACCGGAUUAUUGUUAAAUGUACUGGUAGCCACACUAUUCAAAGUGUCACAAUGAAUGUUCAUGAUCCCCGCAGGUCAAAAUCGGUGAAAGUUCUCAAUUUGUAUUAUAAUAAUAGGCCUGUUGCUGAUUUGUCAGAGUUAAAAAAUAACUGGUCACUGUGGAAACGUGGGAAAAGUUGCCAUCUUACAUUUAAUCAGAUAGAGCUAAAAGUCGAAUUUCCUAUACCAAUAACAGCUUGCAAUUUCAUGAUUGAGCUUGAUUCAUUCUACGAGAACCUUCAGGCCUCAUCACUUGAGUCUUUGCAGUGCCCUCGUUGCAGUCGCUAUGUAACAGAUAAACAUGGUAUUUGUGGCAACUGCCAUGAAAAUGCUUAUCAGUGCAGGCAAUGUCGUAACAUAAACUAUGAGAAUCUUGAUUCAUUUCUUUGUAAUGAAUGUGGCUACAGUAAGUAUGGACGUUUUGAGUUUACUUUCAUGGCAAAGCCAAGUUUUACUUUUGAUGAUAUGGAAAAUGAUGAGGAUAUGAAAAAGGGACUGGCAGCUAUUGAGGCAGAAUCAGAAAAUGCUCACAGGCGCUACCAGCAGCUUUUGGGUUUCAAAAAACCAUUGCUUAAGCUUGUCUCAAGUAUAGGCGAAUCUGAGAUGGAUUCUCAACAAAAAGACUCUGUUCAACAAUUGAUGGUCUCCUUACCUGGUUCAUCUUCGUUCAAAAUAAACAGAAAAAUUGCACUCUUAGGUGUGCUAUAUGGUGAAAAAUGCAAGGCAGCAUUUGAUUCUGUGAGUAGAAGUGUUCAGACAUUGCAAGGUCUCCGUCGUGUCCUAAUGAACUAUCUAGAACAAAAACAUUCUGAUAAUGCUAUAACAUCAUCAAGAUAUCUUUCUGUUAGACCUCCAAAUCGGUGUUAUGGUUGUGCCACCACUUUUGUGACACAGUGUUUAGAAUUAUUACAAGUGUUAUCUAAACAUCCACAUUGCAAGCAGCAACUUGUUACUGCUGGCAUCUUGUCUGAAUUGUUUGAGAAUAACAUACAUCAAGGUCCUAAAUCAGCUCGUCUUCAGGCAAGAUCUGUGCUGUGUUCUUUCUCGCAAGGUGAUGCAACUGCAGUUGCAGAAUUAAAUAAUUUAAUUAAGAAGAAAGUCAUGUAUUGCCUAGAGCACCACCGUUCAAUGGAUAUUGCUGCUUGUAUACGUGAAGAACUGCAGUUACUUUCAGAGACUUGUUCGGUUUCAGAUGAACUUUGGGAAGCGAGAUUGCGCAUUGCAUUCCAUUUAUUAUUUUCAUCCAUUAAGGUUGGUGCCCGCCACCCAGCUAUUGCUGAGCAUAUUAUUCUUCCAUGCCUGCGAAUUAUAUCUCAUGCCUGCACUCCUCCAAAAACAGAAUCAAGCAACAAAGAGAUGGUGAGUGUAAAAGCUGGAGUAAAUGCUGAAAUGAGAAUUGAUGAGACUGAUAAAAACGCAUCCUCUCCACUUAAUAGCAGUAUCAAUGGGAGCAAAUCUCAAUCAGGCUUAUCAGAAAGGGAUUUGGAGCGGGAUGCAAGAACCCGAGAUGUGCAACUGCUAAAUUAUGCUGAAUGGGAGAAGGGGGCCUCAUAUCUGGAUUUUGUGAGGAGACAAUACAAAGUGUCACAGUCUAUGAAGACAUCAUUCCAUAAGUCCCGCAGGGAUUCUAAGAGGUCAGAUUACCUAGCACUCAAGUAUGCCCUGAGAUGGAAAAGGCGGGCUUGUAUGGUGUCUCUUACCAAUGAGUUUUCAGCAUUUGAGCAGAGUUCAUGGGUUUCUGAGUUGGUUUUGAGUGCCUGUUCACAAUCUAUAAGGUCAGAAAUGUGUGGAUUGAUUAGUGUUUUGUGUGCAAGUUCAGCAAGGCGGACAAGGUUUCUUAACUUGCUCAUGACUUUGCUACCAGCUACAAAAUCUGCAGGAGAAAGUGCUGCAGAAUUGUUUGAGUUACUCUUCAAGAUGGUGGAACCUGAAGAUGCACGUCUGUAUUUGACAGUAAGAGGUUUUCUCAGUACAAUAUGUAGGCUAAUAACAGAAGAGGUGGCCAGAAUAGAAGCACAGGAGCGAAGCUUUCAUAUGGACAUAUCACAAGGCUUUAUACUUCAUAAAUUGAUUGAGUUGCUCAGCAAAUUUCUUGAGGUGCCAAACAUCCGUUCAAGAUUUAUGAGAGAUAGAUUUCUGUCUCAAAUACUGGAGGCACUCCUUGUUACAAGAGGUCUCAUUGUACAAAAGACAAAGCUGAUAAGUGAUUGUAACCGCCUCCUAAGAGAGCUUUUGGAUUGCCUUCUAAAUGAGAGUGAUGAGAACAAGCGCCAUUUCAUAUGGGCAUGCAUAUCUGGCCUACAAAUUCAUUGUCAAGAGAGGAAGGGACGGACAAUUCUGUUCAUUUUGGAGCAGCUAUGCAAUAUAAUUUGUCCAUCAAAGCCUGAGCCAGUGUACUUGUUGAUUUUGAGUAAGGCUCAUACACAAGAAGAGUUUAUUAGGGGAUCAAUGACAAAAAAUCCCUAUUCCAGUGCAGAAAUUGGUCCACUAAUGCGUGAUGUUAAAAACAAAAUCUGUCAUCAAUUGGAUUUACUGGGUCUUUUAGAAGAUGACUAUGGUAUGGAAUUGCUUGUAGCUGGAAACAUCAUCUCCCUUGAUCUCAGUAUUGCUCAAGUAUAUGAGCAGGUAUGGAGAAAGACACAUAAUCAGGCUACAAAUAGUGUGGCUGGUAGUGGAGUUUUAUCUGUUUCUGGAGCAGCAACAAGCAGAGAUUGUCCACCAAUGACAGUGACAUACAGACUUCAGGGAUUGGAUGGGGAGGCUACGGAGCCCAUGAUUAAAGAACUGGAGGAGGAUAGGGAGAUAUCCCAGGAUCCAGAGAUUGAAUUUGCAAUCGCUGGUGCAGUGAGGGAACAUGGUGGUCUAGAUAUUAUUUUGAACAUGGUUCAGCAUUUAAGAGAUGAUGAGUUAAAAUCUAAUCAAGAGGAGCUGGCCCUUGUACUCAAGCUUCUUAUGUAUUGCUGCAAGAUACGGGAUAAUAGGCAGGCAUUGCUACGGCUAGGUGCAUUGGCAUUGCUCUUGGAGACAGCCAGGAGGGCAUUUUCUGUUGACGCUGUGGAACCAGCAGAAGGCAUUCUCCUGAUCGUUGAAAGCCUAGUUAUGGAGGCUAACGAUAGUGACAUUGGGAUCACUGAAAGUGCAUUGACAACAUCUAAUGAUGCAAAUUGUGCUGGUGAGCAAGCUGCUAAAGUAGUAAUGAUGUUCUUAGAAAGGCUAUGUCAUCCUUCAGGUCUCAGAAAGUCCAAUAAACAGCAGCGUAAUAAUGAGAUGGUGGCACGCAUUUUACCAUAUUUGACAUAUGGAGAGCAAGCAGCUAUGGAAGUGCUCGUCGAACACUUCAAUCCCUAUUUGAAGGAUUGGAUUGCUUUUGAUGAUGUGCAAGUAAGACACCAAGAAAAUGUUAAAGAUGAAGGUUUGGCUCAACAGGCAGCUGAGCAAAGGUUUGCAGUUGAGAAUUUUGUUAAGGUUUCAGAAUCUAUAAAGAUAAAUUCAUUUGGUGAGAAGUUAAAAGAUAUCAUUAUUGAGAAGGGUAUUGCAGGAGUGGCUGUCCAGCAUUUAAAAGAAGUAUUUGGUGUUUUUGAGAGAGGAGAUUUCAAGUCUUCUCCAGAAUGGAUGCAUGCCCUCAAAUUGCCCUCAGUACCUGUGAUUUUAUCUAUGUUGAGAGGGCUUGCCAGGGGACAUCUAGCCAUGCAACAGUGUAUAGAUGGAGGAGGAGUAUUACCUCUCCUCCAUGCACUUGAGGGUGUUUCUGGAGAAAAUGAGAUUGGUGCAAGAGCAGAAAAUUUGCUAGACACCUUUGCCGAUAAGGAUAACAAAGGAGAAGGAUUUCUUGCAGAUAAGGUACACCAGCUGAGGCAUGCAACUAAGGAUGAGAUGAGGCGUCGGGCCUUGAGAAAAAGAGAGGAGUUACUUCAGGGACUCGGUAUGCGAAGGGAACUUGCUUCUGAUGGGGGUGAGAGAAUAGUUGUUUCACAACCUGUUAUUGAAGGUUUAGAAGAAGUAGAAGAGGAGGAGGCAGGGCUUGCAUGUAUGGUAUGUAGAGAGGGAUAUAGCUUAAGGCCCACGGAUAUGCUUGGUGCAUACUCAUUUAGUAAGCGUGUACAUCUGGGUAUUGGAACAACAAGCCAUCCUCGGGGGGAAUGGGUGUAUACUACUGUCAGUCAUUUCAAUAUUAUACAUUUUCAGUGUCAUCAAGAGGCCAAGCGAGCAGAUGCUUCACUAAAGAAUCCAAAGAAGGAAUGGGAGGGUGCAGCUUUACGAAACAAUGAAACACUAUGCAACUCUUUGUUCCCAUUGAGGGGUCCAGCUGUUCCAGUUACUCAAUAUGCACGUCAUGUUGAUCAGUAUUGGGACAGUUUGAAUGCUCUUGGGCGAGCUGAUGGGAGUCGUAUUCGUUUACUUACAUAUGAUAUUGUGUUGAUGUUAGCUCGCUUUGCAACAGGAGCAUCAUUCAGCACAGAUAGCAAAGGUGGAGGAAAAGAGAGCAACUCUCGGCUUCUACCAUUUAUGAUACAGAUGGCUAAUCAUUUACUAGAUCAAGGAGGUAUGAACCAGCGGCGAUCAAUGGCAAAAAAUUUGAUCAGUUACCUCACCUCACCAUCUCAGCUGGAUUCACCUUCUGGACCAAAGCCAUCAACACCACCCUCCCAAAGAUAUGGAGCGGCUGAAGAAACCGUCCAGUUCAUGAUGGUACAUUCUUUGCUGCUUCAGUCUCUAGAUGAGUGGGAGCAGCAUCGUCAUUCAUUUUUGCAAAGAGGAAUAUACCAUGCAUACAUGCAAUAUAAGCAUGGACGCUCACCAUUGACAGCCCCUGCAUCAUCCCGUGCUUCAUCUUCAGAAUUGGCAGCAAUGGAUCCAAAAUAUGAUGACAGCGGCAAAGAUGAUGCAAACUCAUCCGAAACAGGUAUUGAAAAACUCUUUGCUAUUGUUCAACCCAUGCUCAUAUAUACAGGGCUUAUAGAACAGUUGCAGCGCUUCUUAAAGUUGAAUAGGCCAAGCACACGAAAAAGUAGAAAUGUGGGCACGGAAAUGGAUGGCAAUGAAAAAGCAAAUGAUGAUAGUAGUGGAUCUCUUAGUAUGGAGCUUUGGGAAGUUACCAUGAGGGAAAGGUUACAGGAUGUGAAGGGCAUGUUGGGAUUUUCGAAGGAGUUGCUAAAUUGGCUGGAAGACAUGCAAAGUGCCAGUGAUAUGCAAGAAGCAUUUGAUAUAAUGGGCGCCUUGAGUGAUGCUCUUUCUGGUGGAUUUUCUCGAUGUGAGGAUUUUGUACAAGAUGCCAUUUCCAAUGGCAAUGCCAAAUGAUGUACAUUUUGAGGGUAUAUUUGAAUUUUAAAUGAAUUGUCCAUACUGCAAGUGAGAUGGAGCAUGCCGGCAGCAGGACACUGGCUAAUUUUCAAUUGUAUGCAUUAUGCACAGUGACUGGAAGAUUGGUUUUUGCUGCUGAUGGGAAUGGUGUCUUAGGGGUUGACGUUGGCUUGGUGGAGAGGACAUACAUUAAUUUUUCAGAUUCAUGAUAUUUUCUGUAUAUGGGUUAAUUGAAUGAUAUACAUUUUUGCCAUGGUUCAGAUAAAUGCUCUCUCAUGGUUGCAUGAGUUUUGUUAUGGUCAAAAUUUCUUUUUUUUUUUUAAAAGCCAAUCAAUGUAUUACUUAUCAUCUAUUACAAGAUCAAAUGUAAACCCUUCAAGGCA